UUUGUUAUUGUGCAGGACACCCAGUGAAAACACCUACUUCUGCCUGACUGGAGACUUUCUCCGAUUUAAACGGUCAGUCAGACGGAAAAAUCACAGUUAACUAGGACGGAGAUGGAAAUAUCGAUGGGGUCAGAGGAUGGAGAGCGCAGAUGGGAACAUUGGAAGCUUCUGUACAAUCUAAAGACGACUGUUGAAGGCUUGCUAUCGACCAACAAUCCUAACGUGUGGUCUCGCUAUGGGGGUCUUCAGCGCCUGCACAAGGACAUGAAUAAUAUCUUGGGCCAUGGCCUAAAACAUGAACAGGUAUAUUAUAAGCAAAAAGACUACUGGCGUUUUGUGUGGUGUGUGCGGUAUCUCUGUCCUCAUUUAGCCCGUCAUGUUGAACAGUUCAGUCAGUUGGAGCCGGUGUUGAGUAGUGGCGUGCAGUGCUUUGGAGAGGGUUAUAAAGCCGAACGCUGGCUUCUACACAGUCUUCAAUGUCACAUCUUAUCUGCUCAGCUCAAGCCACUGCUGCAACACAAGGCAAACACACAGAAAUACUACAAUGAUGGGGCCUUCCUGUUGAGUGAGCCGCAUGUGUCUGCUAUGUUCCAGUGCCUGGAGGCGGUAGAGCAGAACAAUCCUCGAAUGCUGGCGCUCAUCGACACAGUCAGGCUUUCACACCUGAAAGAGUCUCCUCCCAUGGGUUUGCUGAAGAGCCAGAGUCUGGUUUUGCUCCCCAGGGCUGCAGGAAGCUUGAAUACUUCAGACAGCUCCGAGUCUCAUAGAUUCACCACUUCCCAGAGCUGCCUUACAGAGAUUCCCAACACCCCAAACUCAAAGAGCAGCUCAGAUGUUGUCCCAUCCAGCAGUGCCCAGGGUGCACCAUGGGUGCUCGGUGGAGAAAAUCAGAGUCCCCCAGACACAGGAAUCCACCAGAUUUCCUUCACCAAAACCACCUCGCCUGAUCAGGCUGAGAUCCGGGAUUGUACGGAUGCCGAUCUGGAUGAUGGGCCGGAAUAUCUGGCUAUCGGAAAUCUGGGAAAGCACAAACGACGAGACUCAUCCAGCUCCAAUCAGAGCAUUGAACACACCGGAAAUCAAGGCACCACCCCCACAUCUUUGGCUCCGCCCCCACCGCGCCGCUGCUCUUUCUCAGAGGCUCAGAGGAGUGUGGGGCGGAGCUCCAAGGGCCAUAUCCGCUCUCUGUCCGACACGGGCAUCACUCAGAAACAGAAGAAUGAAUUGGUUGCGGAUACGCCGUGUUUGAAGACCUGUGAUCCAUUCUCACCCCAGAGCAGUGACAGCAGCACCAACAGUUCACUUUAUAUGGAGUCUAAUGGCUCCCUGUACAAUAGUGUGCCAGACGGAUUGUUCCGCAGACCGUCAGAGGGUCAGAGUCUGAUCAGCUACCUUUCAGAGCAGGACUUUGGUAGCUGUGCUGACCUGGAAAAGGAAAAUGCCCACUUCAGCAUCUCUGAGUCGCUGAUAGCAGCCAUAGAGCUGAUGAAGUGUAACAUGCGCAGGCCGGUGGAGGACGCAGAGGAAGAGGGUGACAGCGACUCUGAAAUCCAGCAGCUCAAACAGAAAAUUCGUCUGCGAAGACAGCAGAUACGAUGCAGCUUACUGCAACCUCCGGCGACCUCUCAUGGCGUCUCAUCCAUUGACAGCAGCGGCUCGCAGAGGAGCUCUCAGGAUUUAUUUCAUGCCUCUGACUCCGGCUCAGAUAGAGAAGUGGAGGAUAUUGAGCCCAGAGAUGGCAGUGAUGGCCAGUCGCUGCUGGCGGUGUCACGGAACGGCCUGUCCCUGUCGCUCGCAUCCCUCUUUUCAGAUGCAGAUAUCAAACGCAGUGUGACAUGUAGCAGUAGAUCCUUCCUUAGCUCAGAGUCCAUCUCUCCAUCCAUGCUACCGUCCAACUCGGCAGAAUCUGUGGCCAUGGGUCUCCUCAGACAGUUUGAGGGCAUGCAGCUGCCUGCCGCUUCAGAACUGGACUGGCUGGUUCCAGAACAGGAUGCUCCUCAAAAGCUUCUUCCAAUACCAGAUUCUCUUCCUAUAUCACCUGAUGAUGGCGAACAUGCAGACAUUUACAAACUACGCAUCCGAGUUCGUGGAAAUCUGGAGUGGGCUCCUCCGAGACCACAGAUCAUCUUCAACAUUCACCCUCCUCCAAAGAGGAAAGUUGUGGUGGCUAAGCAGAACUACCGCUGUGCUGGCUGCGGGAUUCGCAUUGAUCCAGACUACACAAAGAGGCUGCGGUACUGCGAGUAUCUGGGUCGGUAUUUCUGCCAGUGUUGUCAUGAGAAUGCACGGGCUGUGCUGCCAGGAAAGAUCCUCAGAAAGUGGGACUUCAGUAGAAGCUAUGUCAGCAACUUUGCCCGAGACUUGCUAGCCAAGAUCGCAGGAGACCCUCUCUUCAACCCAAAGGACAUCAACAGCAGCCUUUACAAGAAGGUCAAAGCCCUGGAUACAGUGCGAGCAUUGAGGGAACAGCUAAACCUCAUGAAGAAACUCUUAAAAAUGUGCCGUUUGGCUAAAGAGGUUUUAGAUCAGUUUGACACACUUCCUGGACAUCUGACUGAAGAUCUACAUCUCUUCUCUCUCAAUGACCUCACUGCUGUACGCAGUGGUAGUCUGGCACCAAAACUGCGAGAUCUGCUUUGUCUCGGCUCCAGUCAUGUCUCCGACUGUAUGCUCUGCCAGGCCAAGGGCUUCAUUUGUGAGUUCUGUGGAAAUGACAAAGACAUUAUCUUCCCCUACGAGCUGAACAAAUGCCUGCGCUGUGAAGAUUGUCAUGCGUGCUAUCAUAAGACCUGCUUUAAGAAUGGGAAAGAGUGUCCUCGCUGUCUGAGACUGGCCGAGAGGAGGGAGCGGAUGGCUCGCAAGAACAUGGAAGAGCAGGAGGACAGAGUGGAGGAAGAGGCAAGUGGGACAUAGCAAUAAUCAAGACCCUAUGAAAGCACAACAGAAUAGUGAAUGUAUGACUGUUUUCCAUCCUGUCAAUAAGCUGUCCCAAAAGCCUUACUGUCUGCAGCAUAAUGACUUAACAAAAGCUACGAAGAGUUUUGUAAGCAAACAGUGAGCUUCUGCUUUUAACGAUGGCCAUGUUUAGAUAAGAAAUUGCGUUUCUUUUUACAAUUUGCCAUAUUGUUUUGUUGCUUCUAUUCUGUCUCCCAGAAAAAGCUAUUUUGUUUUAAUCAACAGAGUGGUGAGUUUUGUGUCAAGUAAACUUUUGUGUUUAUCAGAUCAGUCAUGUUUUUUUCUGUGUAUCCGCCUAUUGUAUAUUUUUUAGUAUUAACAUUACUUUCAUGUGCCUCCUUAAUGACUGUGACGACGUGAGAUGGAAAACGGCAGCUGAACUCAGAACGGGCAUUCUUGCACAAAGGUUUCUAAAAGUGCCAGUGCCCAAAAUUAUUAUUUUGAAAAGCUACAAAGACAAUGCGCCUCAUUUAGGAAAAUCAAGCAGAAUUAAUUCGUGUAACCCAUUUGUAAACUGUCGUAUUGAAUACCAAAAUGGGCCUCAUUUGUGAAAUGCAAGUCAAACGAAUUUAGGUAAAUUAUUUGCAAGACCUCGCUCAUUCAUAAAACAAUUAGUGGGUAAAUUUUGAUUUAGCAAAUUAUUUACAUUGAAAUUCGUUUUGCACGCAGAACCAUUCUUAUGAAAAAUGUUUUGGUUUUCUGAACUGUUUCACCUAAAUUUGUCUGCAUGUUCGUUUUACCAUUCUUGCAAAAAGUCUUUGUGUUGAAUGCAGUGAGCUGUUUACACAAAUUAGUUCCGCUUGGUUCUAAAAACUAUUAUUUGAAAUGAUUCGUUAGAGCAAUAUUACAUAAAUUGUACCUCCUUCAUAAAAAAACUAGCACAAAUUUCUGUUUAAAUCCCUAAUAAAGUAAUUCUUCCAUAAAUCGUCACUUUCAGUUCGAGGCGACAAUUUACGGAAGAAUUACUUUUAUAAAGGAUUUAUUUAAACAUAUUUGUGGUAGUUUUUUACAGAGGUACAGUUUACUUACGAAUGCUUUAACGAACAAUUUAUCUAGAAAUUUGUUCUGCUCUAAUAAAAACGAAUCUUAUGUUAACUGUUUUCGUUUCCGCAGAAAUGCAUAAAUUGUUGCUUUUAAAUUAAAGGAAACAAUUUAAUUAAGAAUGGUUUUAUGAAUGCUUAAACGAAAUGUUAGAUUGCUUUAACGAACUAUUUAGACAAAGAUUCAUUGUGCUCAGUUAUAAAACAAUUCUUGCAUACAUUUUUAUUGUACAAACGAUUUACGUUCCUUCUGCUUCGUAAAACCAUUUAAGUUAUUUUGGUUUUACGAAUGAUUUGGACAUAGAUUUGUUCUGCUCAUUCAUAAAACUAUUACUGCAUAAAUUGUUUGGAUUUUACAAACGAUUUACACAGAAAUACUUUCUGCCUGCUCGUUAAACCAUUCUUACGUAAAAUGUUUUGGUUUUAUGUACUUUUUACACAUUUGUUCCGCUUGUUUGUAAAAACCAUUCUUAUUUGAAAUUAUACAAAAUUAUUCGUUAAAUUACAUAAAUUGUACCUCCUUUAUAAAACAUUAGCACACAUUUCUGUUUAAAUCCCUAAUAAAGUAAUUCUUCUGUAAAUUGUCUUAUUAAAUUCAAAGCGACAAUUUACGGAAGAAUGACUUUAUGAAGGAUUUAAACAGAUUUGUGCUUGUUGUUUUACGAAGGAGAUGCAACGUAUUUAAGAAUGCUUUAACGAACAAUGUAUUUAGAAAUUUGUUCUGUUCUAAUAAAACCAAUCUUACGUUAGCUCUUCUGGUUUUUGCAGAAAUGCAUUCUGCUGUAUGUAAAACCAUUAUUGCGUAAAUUGUCGCUUUACAUUGAAUGCAACAAUUUACGUAAGAAUGGUUUUAUGAAGGCUUUAUGUAGACAUUUGUGCUGUGUUAGAUUGCUUUAACGAUCAGUUUUUGCUGAAAUUCGUUCUGCUCUUUAAUAAAACCAUUCUUGGGCCAACCGUUUUGGUUUUACAAUCAGUUUACACCGAAAUUUGUUCGGCUUGCUCGUAAAAACAAUUUUUAUGUGAAAUGUUUUGGUUUUGGUUUUAUGAACAGUUUACAAAGAAAUUAAUUCUACAUUAUUGCAUACAUUGUCGCUUUUUUGAAUUAGGUGCAAUUUAUGCAGAAAUUUGCUUAUGUUUCACAAAUAAUGCCAAAUGCUUAGGUGUUAUUAUUUGUACAUUUAAUAGCCUUUUUGCUAAAACAUUUUGCACCUACUGGAAAUGGCACUUUGUAUGUUUUUCUUGUUCUUUGUUAGGCAAAAAGACUGUGUGUUUUUGUUUAUUUAAUUUGCACUAGUUUCAUGAUGUUUGUGUAGGUGACGGUUCUAUUAAUGUCUGAUUAAACUGGAAAGUUAUUGUUCAUUCCAGCAUCUCACAUUGAGUCCAAAAUCUCAAAUGAUCUUGAACAGCUGCCUUGAUGCUCAUAUCUGUCAAAUGAAUGUACUUGUGUAAAAAGACAAUUGUACCAAAGUGUUAUUUGCUUAAAGUUUAUUAAGUUGUAUUAUAAUGCACUACAUUACAUUAAACAAGUUAUUUUUAGCUUUUAAUGGAGUAUCUAAAUGUUGUGAGAGAAAGAUUAAACACAAGACCCCAUUUGUCCGCUGCUGUGAGUAUAUCUGAAACAAUAAGAACCGUGUACUAUUCUGUGGCAGUCAUUAAUAACUUGAAUGCACUGACCUUAAGUAUGUGAGAUUGAAUGAAUGGACACUUGCUUUGAUGUGGCUGCUUAUGAGAGAUAAUAUUAAGUUUAUAACUCGUUUUUCAUUUGAUCCUGCUGAUGAUUUGUCUACUUGAGUUUAUUGUUGGUAAAUUACUGAAUUGCCUUUUUUAUUCAGGGGCUUUUGAUGAGAUAAAGUGCACUAUUUGAAAAAAAAUGUACAUAAUAAAUAUAAUUUCUUAUUGUUAUAUAUAUGUAAGUGAUGAUUAAAGAGGUUUAAAUUGUU